UCAAGGUGGAGUUUAGCUUUAAGUAUGUGAGAUUCUGAGCAUAGCUAUGGAUGUGAAGCUUCGUCUGGUGCAGUUCUGUGAGGGUGGUGCUAGUGGUGAGGGGUGUAGGCGUGUGGGUGUGGAGCUGGUGAAUGGUGGGUGUGUGGUGGAUGUGACUGCUGUGGACCCCACCAUCCCCAAGGAUAUGAAGACCUUCCUGCAGCAGUGGGACACCAGUGCACCAGCAGCAGCAAGGGUAGCGGAGGCUGCUCCAACUGACCACACCCUCCAGCCAGGGACCUUUGAACUCCAAGCCCCCAUCUACGACCCCCAGAAGUUGAUCUGCGUCGGUCUGAACUACAUUGACCAUUGUACUGAACAAAACGUUCCUGUUCCAAAGGAGCCUGUCAUCUUCAACAAGUUUGCCUCCACCAUCACGGAGCCUAAUGGCUUUAUUCUGCUCUCUGAUGAGACAAAGUGUCUGGAUUAUGAAGUGGAGAUGGCCUUUAUUGUGUGCAAGCGUGGCAAGAACAUCAAGGAGAGUGAGGCCAUGUCUCAUGUUGCAGGCUACAUGGUUGCUCAUGACGUGAGUGCUCGAGACUGGCAGCUGCACAGGAAUGGAGGACAGUGGCUCAUUGGGAAGACCUUUGACACCUUCUCCCCUCUUGGUCCAGCCAUUGUGACCACACCCUCUCUCUCUGACCCCCAUAACCUGGGUAUACGCUGCAGACUGAAUGGGGAGACUGUCCAGAACUCUAACACUAACCAACUAGUCCACAAAACACAAGGGCUAGUCACCUUUCUCUCCAGGUUCAUGACCCUAGAACCGGGUGAUGUGGUGCUUACUGGGACCCCCCCUGGAGUAGGCUGUUUCAGAAAACCUCCGCUUUAUCUUAAGAAAGGAGAUGUGGUCGAGUGUGAGAUUGAUGAAAUAGGAACUAUUAGAAACAUUGUUCAGUAAUGAUUUAAGUUGAUGAACAAAUAGUUUGGAUAGAAAUAGAAACUUUAUUAAUCCCGUCCACACAC